AUGUCAUCGUCAUCUCUGGUCUCCUCAUUAAUGGCUCUCCAGCUGCUCUCGCGUGGUGCCACUUUCCUACUGAACCAAGCCCUUUUCCGGCUAGCGUCACCUGCUGCAUUUGGUGCUGCUUCGAUUCAGCUUGAACUCCUCCUCGGAACCAUCCUAUUUCUUUCGCGCGAAGGUGUGCGCGGUGCACUGUUGCGUCGCGGGAAUGCAUCAAAUAAAGAGAAAAUUAAAAGGACAGACCCAAGCACGACUAUGAACCUGGCUUUCCUUCCCCUCAUCGCUGGCAUUCCGCUUGCCCUGUUCACAACACUACUAUACACCACAUACACGGCUAGUCAAGAAAUACGUGCGCAACCCCAUUUUAAGACAGCGGUCGCACUAUAUGCAGGUGCAGCAGUUGUCGAGUUGUUGAGCGAGCCCUUCUAUAAUGUUGCCAUGACGGAGCUCAAGACUGGCGUUCGUUUACGCGCAGAAGGACUUGGUAUCACCGCAAAAAGCAUCACCACCUUUCUCGUCCUGUUCUAUGACGCAACCACAGGGAGCGGAUCAUUAGCUCUUCCCGCAUUCGCAUUUGGCCAGUUAGCAUACGCUCUCGUCUUACUUGGGGUAUACGCAGUGUAUUUUGGACCGGGCCGCUUGAUUCCUAAAACACAGACAUCUUCAGAAUCAAGGUCUAGAUCCACGCUAUUUAACUACAUCGACACUGAAACGCUGCGCCUCUCCUACACGAUGACGCUACAAUCUCUCGUCAAACACGUUCUCACCGAAGGCGACAAGCUCGUUCUGUCGUACUUCAGUCCUCUGCAGGAUCAGGGUGGCUACGCUAUUGCUGUUAAUUAUGGUUCUCUGAUCGCCCGCAUCGUAUUCCAGCCAAUCGAAGAAACUGUUCGUGUAUUCUUCUCCAAAAAUUUUGGAUCCUCAUCCCCCUUUCCAUCCUCGACACUCCGUUCCGCAUCCAAAACCCUGCACACCCUCCUCUCCCUUCAACUGACCCUCUCCUCUAUUUUCCUUGUCUUCGCCUCCACAUACGCGCCUUUGCUCCUCCCGCUGCUUCUCCCUCCCGCGUACCAUGCGACCAGCGCACCACGCGUCCUCGCUGCGUGGGUCUGGUAUAUCCCCGUUCUGGCGGUCAAUGGAGGCUUGGAGGCAUUCAUGGCAAGCGUGGCGAGUGCUCAGGAAUUAAACUCGCAGAGUAGAUGGAUGGUCGCAUUUUCUUUCCUUUACAUCCUCUCCGCUAUCACGCUCUACCGCACAGGAUUUGGCGACACAGCACUUGUGUACGCCAACAUCCUCAACCUGUCUGCACGCAUCGUGUACACACUCAGAUUUGCCUCACGCUUUUUCGACGCUCAGGAGUCUGCUUCUAUAGCAGCCUCAAAAUCAACACCUACCUCUAAAUAUGACACACCAUCAGUAACACCUAGUCCUUCAAGCCAGACACAAGCGCAGCUAUUCAACUGGCGAACCACACUUCCACCCCUCUCCCUCCUAACAGUCCUCGCGAUCUCUGCGGUGGUCAUCCGGCUCAGCGCCAGGCGUCUUGGGCUCGACAUCAGCGUAAGCUCAAGGUCAAAUUCUCUUCCGGGAGGAAAGCUUGCACUCCUCCUGAGCCCACCUGUCCUUAUACACAUUGCACUCGGUGGGGCACUCGGACUCCUAUGUCUGUUCACGUGGUGGCGAAGCACGGGGCGGGAUCUCGUUGCUUCCUUCACGGAUGCAAGAAAAGUGAAGUCAAAAGCUGCCUAA